GACGGAGAGGGAGGAAGAAGGGGGGGAAAAAUCAUCAUCAUCAUCAUCAAUGCGCUGUCGCUGCGGGGUCACGAACUAUGACCUUUAACAGGAGAAAAACACAGCAAUUAUUUUUAUAAAACAACCGAACGCCUUAAAAGCGGCGAGCGGCGUCCCUCUGAGACCUCACUAAUGACUCCGCAUGAUCAUGGCGACCAACCUGAAUCUGCUCUCUCAGCAGAAAGCAGACUCUGAGCAUGAGGCAGAGGGGUCAUGCUCUCCAUCAGAUCCAGUGGUGGGCGAGUCUCCCCAGCGCUUUCAGGUCAUCUCUGCUGAGCCUGCCACAACACCACAGCAGAUACAGAUUGUAACCGACCAGCAGACAGGUCAGAAGAUCCAGAUAGUGACAGCGAUGAACCCGUCCGGUGCUCCAAAGCAGCAGUUCAUCCUGACCACUGCUGACGGCUCAGGGGCGAGCAAGGUCAUCCUCGCCUCACCGGAGACUCACAACACAAAGCAGGUCAUCUUCACUGCGGCAGACAGCCUAAGGCCCGGAAGGAUACAGAUAGUCACAGAUCCGGUGUCAAUGGAGCGGUUGUUGGGGCAGUCAGGAGAUUUAAGUCGAUCUCAGCCAGUGGAGUACUGCGUGGUGUGUGGGGACAAAGCUUCAGGCCGUCACUAUGGAGCUGUCAGCUGCGAGGGAUGCAAAGGUUUCUUCAAGCGCAGUGUGAGGAAAAAUCUGACCUACAUCUGUCGCAGUAAGCAGGACUGUGUCAUCAACAAACAUCACCGCAACCGCUGCCAGUUCUGCCGGCUGCGGAAAUGCCUUAAGAUGGGGAUGAAAACUGAUUCUGUCCAGAGUGAGAGGAAACCCAUCGACAUAGUGCCCAGAGAAAGACACGCCAACUGUGCUGCCUCCACCCAGAAGAUCUACAUCCGCAAGGAUCUUAACAGCCCACUUAUCGCAACACCAACCUUUAUGUCAGAUUCUGAUGCAGAUGGUUCCAGCCUGCUGGACCAGGGGAUGCUGGUGAACAUCCAGCAGCCAGUUAUUCAGGCUGAUGGAGCAUUGCUGCUGGCAACAGACUCCAAGAUGGAUACGGGUCAGGGAGACCUGGGGACACUAGCCAAUGUAGUGACAUCACUCGCCAACCUGAGUGACUCACUGAAAGAGAACCUGAACAAUGGUGAUACCUCAGACAGCCAGCAGGAGGAGCAGUCCGCAAGCGAGAUAACACGUGCCUUUGAUACUCUGGCUAAAGUCUUCAACCCACCUGAAGCAGGGGUGGAACAGAACCUGGCCGAGAAGUCGCAGUGUGCCAGCGGGACCACCAUCCAGCUGAUCGGACGGGACCAGGAGACGCCCAUCAUCGAGGUGGAGGGACCGCUGCUCACAGACAGCCAUGUCAGUUUUAAGCUGACCAUGCCCAGCCCCAUGCCCGAGUAUCUGAAUGUACACUACAUCUGUGAGUCUGCGUCCAGGCUCCUCUUCCUCUCCAUGCACUGGGCACGCUCCAUCCCUGCCUUCUCGGCGCUUGGUCAGGAGGCAAACACUAGCUUGGUGCGAGCUUGCUGGAACGAGCUGUUCAUCUUGGGUCUUGCACAGUGCACUCACGUGAUGAACCUAUCAACCAUCCUCGCUGCCAUCAUUAACCACCUGCAAAGCAGCGUCCAGGACGACAAACUUUCCGGAGAGAGGGUGAAGCAGGUGAUGGAGCACAUCUGGAAGUUCCAGGAGUUCUGUAAUAGCAUGACCCGGCUGGAGAUCGACAACUACGAAUAUGCCUACCUAAAGGCUAUUGUGUUGUUCAGCCCUGAUCACCCAGGUGUGGACAGCAGCGCCCAGGUUGAGAAGUUCCAAGAAAAAGCUCUCAUGGAGCUGCAAGAUUAUGUGCAAAAAACAUAUCCUGAAGACACAUACAGAUUAACACGUAUCCUGACCCGUCUGCCUGCCCUGCGUCUAAUGAACUCAAGCGUCACAGAGGAGCUCUUCUUCACAGGCUUGAUAGGCAACGUCUCUAUCGACAGCAUCAUCCCCUACAUCCUCAAGAUGGAGACGGCGGAGUAUAACAGCCAGGACGCGGACUCGACAGAAUGACAUCACUCCAAGGACUCAGAAAUGUCAGUUAAGUUUGUAAGUCUCAUUUUCAGGUAAAUUGUUUCUAGAGGGCUGUAGUUGAACUACAAAUCCUUGUUUUUUGACAUUACUAAAGCAGGAAAUACACUGGGCGCAUUACGUAAGCGGCACGGCUUACGAGCGUGUCUUUAAAGGCU